ACUCUGCAGGCCGCGCAGCUGAUAAACAAAACCAAAACACAAUUGCUUGCCAGCACCACUAGACACAGCCAUGGCCUCGAUUUUCGUUCCAGAACCUGCACUCCUGCCUAAUUCCGCAGCUUCCGUUUCUUCUCCGGCUAAUCGGCUGCCGUGCCUGCUGCUGUGCCGUCCAGACCGACGCCUAUUCUCAAUCUCCGUCGCCGCGUGUCGCGCUUUGGGGCUCCGGAGGUCCUUCAAUGUCGCUGCCAGCGCCGCCUUGACGUCUAAUUCCGUACCGGAAAAGAAUGGAAUUCAUGUAGUUGGCGAUUUUAUGACGCCUAGAAAGGAUUUGCGUGUGGUUAAGCCCACAACUACUGUAGAUGAAGCUAUAGAACUUCUUGUAGAAAACAGAAUCACUGGUUUUCCAGUGAUCGACGACGACUGGAAAUUGGUCGGUCUUGUUUCAGAUUAUGACUUAUUAGCAUUGGACACCAUAUCAGGUCAAGGAAGAACCGACAACAGCAUGUUUCCAGAAGUGGACAGCUCUUGGAAAACUUUCAACGAGGUACAGAACUUGCUCAGUAAAACCAAUGGGCAGGUGGUCGGCGAUUUGAUGACACCAGCCCCAGUCGUUGUUAGUGAAACCACUAAUCUUGAGGAUGUUGCUAGAUUAUUGCUCGAGACAAAAUAUCGCAGACUUCCAGUUGUAGAUGACAGCGGUAAGCUGGUAGGAAUUAUUACAAGAGGAAACAUCAUCAGAGCAGCCCUUCAAAUAAAACAUGCUAGUGAAUCGAAAACAUAACAGCCAAACACAUAAGGAUCAACUUUCGUUCCAGAUGUUCAUGGUGCAAUCAUAGAAGAUGUUGGAGGAGCUGGUCUUCUUUAUAGGCGCAAUUUUGACAACGUGGUUGUGUAAAACAGCAAUGAGGUUGUAUUAAUUAUGAAUAACACAGAAACCUACCAGGAUUAAGGGUUUAUGGACCAUCCUUGCUUGUACCUGAGAAGGGACAGGAAAAGAAACAGUUUGAGUGGUUACCCGUUGAUGGAAAUUCGUCUCGAAACCCGUUGACAACCACACACAAUGCGCACAUGUAUAUAAUGUCUCUUUAGUCUAGAUGCUGUCCUGCGUUUGUUGAACUGAAGCGGCCAUUGGAUUGGUUUCAUGAUUGCCAAAUUUUCCGCACUAGUUGUUGAACAAAUGGUUGAAUUGGGGAGGUUGUAGACUUUAUCUUUCUUUA